UGACUGGAGUAAAUGAAAAAAUAUAAAUGACAUUUAUAGUGUUAAAAUCUGAGAUACAAUGCAUUGGUAAUCGAUUUCGAAACGUCGAUCUAUAAUUAUGCCGCGCCGUGCUUAUAAUUACAGAAACUUUUAUUGAAGGGUUAUCAUGUUCUAUACUGUAUUUCAAUAUUUCUACGCUUAUUCACAAAAGCUUCAUAUUUACAAGGUGAAUAUAUAAUUAAGGGUACAAAUUCAAAUAAUUUCUUUUGUGAGAAUGAUUGGUUUUUGCCUUUUUGAAAAAUGAUCAACGGCACGAUGUAGGAACUUAUAUACUUGCAAUCGUCAUAAGUGUUUGAUUGGAGUAAAAUAGUUUAAAAUAUGUAUGUUAUUUCCAAAAGAUAUAAAUCUGAUGCAACAAUGUGUUUAUUCGCUCAUUGAAUGAAAUACAGAGAUAAGUUGAGGCCUGAUGGAUACGGUAUCAUAUAACAAACACGGAUGGUUUUCUAUCUAGAGGAAAACAUCGAUUGUGGUGAAUUGAAAGCGCGGGCACGUACCGUAAAUCAUAGCAACACACUGUUUUGAAAUAAACACAAAACGGAAAAUAGAGGGUUUCUGGGAAAUUGAAUUUAAUAAACCAGAGGAAGUAAAAAUAAUUGGAUCACUAUUUAGCGUUAAUUUUGAAUCUGCUUUUAUUGGAUUUAUCAUUGUUUAUGACAUUAAGUAUUUUUAUGAUAUUAACAUAUUGAAGCCCAGCAAGUGAAUUCAAGUACUCUUAAGUAAGGGCAAAUAUUUGAUAAUUCAUUCAAAAAAGUAAAAAAAAAACGGUUUGUAAAUCAAACGCACCAUGGAUACAUCAAUAUUCAUUAUCGUUGAAAGAAUGUAAAACGGAAAAAGGAAUAUAUGAAUUUUAAUUAUAAAGAAAAGUGGCUUAAGAAUUAAUAACUUUAGUCCGGUUAAGUGCUUUAUCUAUAUUGUCGGAGAUUGAACGUGAUAACGUUAAAAUAAACGGUUUAUAUGUUAAGGGAUAUGGUUGACAAUUGACAAAUUAGAAAUAUGGGUUGCGGAAGUUCAUCAGAGGCAUCCGAUCCAAAUAACAAUGAAAAGACCGGCAAACAGACGACAAAACCAGUCCCGAGUAGAUCAAACAAGACCGGGCAAGAAACUGGGAACGACCAGAAUCAGAAUAAAGGGGAACGCGGAGCACUUCCGAUUUUGAAGGACGAGCCAGAAAUCGAAGAUGUGGACGUAGCGAAGACAGAGGCAGGAUAUCCUGCCGUCAAAGUGCCAACAGAAAAAAGGGACGCCAUCUUUAAUGCCAGUAAAAUGAAACAUAUUGAUGAAAAAGCGAAACAGACCCCUGCUGAUAAGGCAAACGACUACCAAGAAUUAAUAACACACCUGACAUCAUUCUGUAAGACUGAUGUGGAAAAGGUCCGCUCCAUCUUUUGUUGGAUGACCUGUCAGGACGUGGACAAUGCAGACUACUCUUCUGUUACCGAUAGCGACACUCCAUUAGGGUUUCUAAAGCUAAUCCGAGACCACAGAGCAUCCAAAGGUUCCUUCUUUGCAGUUCUGUGUCGGCAUGCGAACAUACCGUGCGUUAUUAUCAACGGUUAUGGAAAAAGUGUCUCCUAUGAUGUUGGCGAUCCUGACGAGAAGGUGAUGACACUAAAUAACAACUGGAAUGCCGUGUAUGUGGCUGGGGGAUGGCGUCUUGUGUUUCCUUUAUGGGCAAGUUCUGGUGUUGUAGGACAUUCCAGUGGGGCUUACACCAAAGUGGAGUCAAAAGACCCCAUACCGGGUAACUUUAUUCAUUUUUAAUUUCACGUGUAGAAAGAUGAUGACAUAAAAAGUAGAUAAAAUUAUAGGAGUAAAAAAACAACAACAACAAAAAAAAAAACAAAA